ACACACACACACAGAGCCCCGCUCAUCCGGCCCCCUUUGCCAAUGCACCACCUCUCCUCGCCCAUGGAGGUCUAGGCGGGGAGCUCCGUGCGGGAGCAGCGAUGGACGGCACCAUCAAGGAGGCACUUUCCGUGGUGAGCGAGGACCAGUCCAUAUUCGACCCCUCCUACGGCCCUCCCCACCUCAUGAAGACAGAGGUGCCCUCUGCCGAGGAGUACAACGGCAAGGAGAGGUCGGCGCUGGGGGAGCCGGACUGGUCCAGUCAGACCAGCAGGGGGCACACUGUGAAGAGGGAGAAUGAGAAUGUCAACUGCUCCAGACAGUCCCCCGUGGACUGCAGUGUAUCCAGACGCAGCAAAUCCGGGAGCGACCCACACCCCAUCCCCUACUCAGCCAGCUACAGCGACCAGCGGAGCAGCCCCCCAGCCAACCCCCCCAGCGAGGAGAAGAGGGUUAUCGUCCCAGCGGACCCUGGCGUGUGGACCCAGGACCACGUGCGACAGUGGCUGGACUGGGCAGUGAAGGAGUACGGGCUGGAGGAGGUGGACGUGGGCCUGUUCCAGCACGUGGACGGCAAGGAGCUGUGCAAGAUGGGCAAGGAGGAUUUCCUGCGCCUCACCUCACCCUACAACGCCGACGUGCUGCUGUCUCACCUGGCCUACCUGCGGCAGAGCAGCCCGACAUUCACCUACCCGGCUGCCCCGGCUGUUACCCCCCAGCCCCCCGCACCUCCACCACGCGUGCAAGUGAAAACAGAGUCCCCCUAUGAGGAAAUCAGGCGAAGCAGCUGGAGCGGCUCCCUCAGCGGAGGCCCCAAAGGGUCCCCCCCCCAGAUCCAGGGGGUGAAUCGGACGAGUGACUCCCCACGGAUUGUAACAGAUCCAUACCAGGUCCUGGGACCCACCAGCAGCCGCUUGGCAAACCCAGGCAGUGGCCAGAUCCAGCUGUGGCAGUUCCUGCUGGAGCUGCUGUCGGACAGCAGCAACGCCGGGUGCAUCACGUGGGAGGGCACCAACGGGGAGUUCAAGAUGACGGACCCGGACGAGGUGGCGCGGCGCUGGGGCGAGCGCAAGAGCAAGCCCAACAUGAACUACGACAAGCUGAGCCGGGCCCUGCGCUACUACUACGACAAGAGCAUCAUGACCAAGGUGCACGGUAAACGUUACGCCUACAAGUUCGACUUCCAGGGCAUCAGCCAGGCCCAGCAGAACCACCCGGGUGAGGGGCCCCUCUACAAGUACCACCCGGCCGACAUGUCCUACCUGCCCUCCUACCACCAACAGAAGGUGGGCUUCGGCCUCAGCCACGCCGCCCAGCUGCCCGUCUCCUCCGCCGGCUUCUUCGGGGCCCCCUCACCCUACUGGAACGCCGGCUCGGGGAACCUCUACCAGAGCUCGCCCGUGCCCCGGCCCACCGCCGGCCACCUGAACUCCUUCUACUAG